GUUGUUAAUAUGCAGAAAAGUUCAAGAAUAAAAAUUAUUAAUCCAUUGCACCAACAAAGGAGCUUUUUGAAUCAGAAUAUAUCGUCCCGCAACCAUGUAUCAACCCUCACUGGGCAUAAAACGACUAAGACACCUAGAGGGUACACCAACCAGGAUGAAGGCACUAAGGAGUGAGAUAUGAUAAAAGAGGCAUGGAUCAAGACUAUGAUUCAAAGACAUAGUAGUAAAAAAAUCAGAUUUGAUGAACUCGGAUUCAUGUCCAAAAAGAAGCAGUUAAAGAGAAAGCAAACUAAGCCCAAUCAGCCUAUUAAAGUUAUGAAGGAGCUCAAGAAAAUUCCCAUCGACCAAGAUAUUUUGCAAGAUGAUAUUCUCUCCUCUUCCUCCGUAUCCUGAGAUGAAUCAGAUGGGAGUAAAAAUACACAAAGGAUACGAGACAAUAAAACAGAACUGAGAAAUAAAAUCAAGAAAUCACCUCCAGCCAUCGUAUUCAACAACUGUGGGAUUUAAAAGAAGAGAGAAAAUAGGACCAAAGACAGAUAGAAGCUUCCAUUACCCAGGCACGAAUCAAAAGUCUGCUCAAAAGAGCUACAGCUAUUUAAAAACUACAGAGUCUUCUAAAUCAAAGAUGUCUUUGAGUAAAUCUGCUAACAAGCUUAUUAGAAACUGUGCAAAUAAGAUGUCUAGGAACUACACUCAUAAUAAUAUUCAUCAUGCUCAUACAACCAAUAAUGAGGCUUGUAUGGAUAAAAAGUAUGCUACUCACUGCCAUCCAGGGGAAAGAAAGAAGCCCAACAAAGAGAAUGCCUUAAAAACCUAUGAAACAAGAGUCAAAGCAGUCAAGAGAAGCCAAGGACGGUUAAAUAAGAGGAAGGAGAACAUUAAUCUUAUAACAAAAGCUCUUAAUAAAAGAUUAAUGCAGCCCAAACAAAGCUCUAUUAAAAGAAGCAGGUCUAAAAGGAAAAUGGACAAGGCAUGUUUUGGGCUGAGCCAGACCCAUAUUCUUGAGGAAGAGGCUCAAAAGAAGGUCCCUCGUAUUAGAGAGAUGCCUAAUUUAUCAUAUCUGGAUGAGAGAUCAGAUCCGAGCCCAAUAGUUUCAGCGAGGAAUAAGAUUUCUGUAGAAUUUUUCAAGAACACAAACUGUAAUUUACUCGGCGAUCUCCAAAAAGACUUUAAAUUGAAGAAAGACGAAAUGGUGAAGAGAGCUCUAAAUUGCAAAGAUACUAAUGGAGGAAGACAAGAGAUGUUUCAUACUCCUGAUAAGACUACAGUGGCUGGCUACUGAAGUCAGAGUAGGAAGGAAUCAAGCAGUUUGGUGUCAUUUGCAAGUCCGUUCAAAUCAAUAGAUGGCAGAUCCAAUAAGUCUAGCUAUAAAAUCCUUCCAAAGACAAAGGAAAAUUCCAAACCCCUUCAUAAAGCCAACCUAGCAGACAAGGUCCUUGCUUCCAAGUGGGAUGACUUUAAUGAGAGCUUUUCAAUUCUUGAUUUUUCAAAGGUCAUUGAAGAUUAAGGAGUAAAUAUCGGCAAGCUUUUCAUCAGGACCAUUUUACCUACAAUUUUUCAUACUAUUAAGCUUAUUUCA